CUGGCGUGGUCUGCUUGCCAACUCUAUAUGGAGCAGACGACGAGGCAGCCUGCGGUCGACGAACGUUUACUGACCACACCAAUGCUGUCGUGUCUUGAUUUUCUUUUUUUCUUGAUUGCAGAAGUGUUUCACUCGACUGUUGUAACACUGAAGACUGUACGUUUGCGUUUACGAACUGCAAUAUUCGUCGCGUUAUCAUUGUCGCGCUCUUUGUCACGAGGGGCAUUCUGCUCGCUCAUUCAUCGUCACACAUACCUCGUCACAUCACAUGGUUCAGCGAACACUGCUGUUGAUCAACAUGUUGGAAACCGGCCGUGCACGCAUUCUCACGUGCAGCCUGCCCUCGGAGUUGCCCUCGCAGCUCAGCCGCGGGGGAAGGGUCCCGUUCCAAGGACCAAGCCAGGGUACGAUGUCUGCUGCGGAGGAAAGCUAAGCACCGUCGACCAAAACGAAGAGGGCGCUACGAGCGAGGAGGCGGGUCAACCGACGAGGUUCGAGCAGUACGACAACACGUGAUUUAAAAAAAAAGUUCGCAGAAUAGAUCACACGAACGCCACGGAUACGUGACGGAAUUCGGGUAGAUGUAAGUCAGAUUGGGGUCAGUACUUGGCCCCGUGACUGCAAGAGCAGGCAGGGGAACUAACUCGGUUUCAUCUCUUCGAGGAUUACUUCUACUCGAGGAAGGACAAUAUUUUUUGCGGUUUAUUUUCAUAGAGCUCAACAACAAGAAACAGGAUGUGGAUGCGGGUAUACGACAAGAGGGCAUAAGACAAGAUAAUUCAACACGGAUAGAAAGAGGGGGCCCAGGGGCAAGCAGGGUAACAUGGAAAGGGGAGAGACAAGUUUGCAAAUGGCUCACUCGGCAAGAGUGUAUCCUGACUCGUCCUGGGAUCGUUGAUCCUGAAUCUGAUCGUUGUUGUGCAUCGUCACACCUGAAAAAUAUUUUUUCAAAGGACCCCUUGAUGACGGGCCGGUUGUGCUUUGUU